AUGGCUAUUGAUUAUCGACAUGGGAUCUCGAUCCUGGAAAUAAUCAUCUACUCGCCAACACUAUUUGUUGCUCUUUGGAUGGCAUUCCAUCACGGCUUCACGAAGAGCUCAGGCUGGUACUUCUUUGUUGUCUUCUCUCUGGCUCGCAUCGUCGGCGCAGCCUGCUACCUGGCAACAAUCGCAGCCCCAUCCAAUGUCGGAUUAUACAUUGCGUGGGCAGUUUGCACGUCACUGGGCUUAUCGCCCCUUAUAUUGGGUUGUCUUGGUCUUUUGUCUCGAGCGAACGACUCCAUCAUGAGAAAAACAGGAGACUCUAUCAAUCAAAUCGUCUUCCGAUUCGUUGUGCUGGUCUCACUUGUCGGUCUGAUCCUGAGCAUCGUGGGCGCAACUCAGAAUUCCGACAUCACCCACGGCCUGAUCACCACCGAGACGAAAGUCGCGCUCGUCUUGUUCCUCGUCACCUGGUUGGCUGUUUGCGGUAUAUUGGUUCUGAUAGCAAAUCAAUCUCACCGCAUCGAACAAGGAGAGCAUCGUUUACUUCUGGCGGUGGCGAUUUCUCUUCCACUAAUCCUUGUGCGCCUGGUGUACUCCUUCGUUUAUGCCUUCGGCCACCUGGCGAGCUUCAACAUGCUGUCUGGUAAUGUCACCAUCCAAUUGGUCAUGUCUGUCCUGGAAGAGAUUGUCAUUGUGUUUGUAUGCUUGGGGGUAGGUCUUACACUGCAGGUGCGACCUAGCUUGGAGGAUGCACAGCCCAGCAGUCAAAUUGAGCUGGAGAGUGGAGCCAGUCAAUCACAGGUCCUCCCAAAGCAACGAAGCCAGCGCCCGAAACGAAGUGGUGGUCCCAUCACGAGACUGGUCAUGUUCAUUGUCGAUGAAAUCAACGAGAGGAGGAAAUAG